AUGAAAUUCAACCCUGGAAAUACAGGAUCCCAAUUUUUUUUACUACCCGGAGCUUCGAUACAUUUCGAAAUCGAGAGAUGUCUACCGGUUGAUAUAGUUGAAGCGCAGUCAAAAUAUGGUUUUUGGGGAUGGAAUUUGUGGCGUCAACCUAUAGGGUUUCUAGUUUUUCUAAUUUCUUCCCUAGCCGAGUGUGAACGAUUACCUUUUGAUUUACCAGAAGCAGAAGAAGAAUUAGUAGCAGGUUAUCAAACCGAAUAUUCCGGUAUCAAAUUUGGUUUAUUUUACGUUGCUUUGAAUGUAGCAGAUAACAGCGGGGCUCGAGAAUUGAUGUGUAUUCGAAUCAUAGGAGCUAGCAAUCGUCGAUAUGCUCAUAUUGGUGACGUUAUUGUUGUUGUGAUCAAAGAUGCAGUUCCAAACAUGCCUCUAGAAAGAUCAGAAGUGGUCAGAGCUGUAAUUGUCCGUACUUGUAAAGAACUUAAACGUGACAACGGUAUGAUAAUACGAUAUGAUGACAAUGCUGCAGUUGUGAUUGAUCAAGAAGGAAAUCCAAAAGGAACUCGCGUUUUUGGUGCGAUUGCCCGAGAAUUGAGACAGUUCAAUUUUACUAAAAUAGUUUCAUUAGCUCCCGAGGUAUUAUAAAAUGAGACUACGAUAUGGUUAUAGGUUAUAGUAGGGUAUUUAAAAGAAAUAGAUUAAGAUUAAUUUAGUAGAUUUUGUCUCACGUAUAUACCUUUCAAAAUUCAUAUUAAUAUUCAUAAACAAAUACGUAAAAAAAAAAAAAAAAGAAAAACAUGUUGAUUAUAUCCAAAU